AUGGCUGAGAAGAAGCUUCACGGAGACUUUAGUAGAAACAUACUGGUAGAUUUUAAUCAUCGUUGUGUCUUUUGUAGGUACCUGCCCAUGAAGGAUAUCAUGUGUAUGGAAUGUUUAUCUAGAAAGCUUCGAGAAGCAGUAACUCUGUACCUGCGAGUGGUCAAGGUGGUGGACCUGUGUGCUGGUCACUGGUGGGAGUAUAUGCCUUCAGGCUUCACAGACAGCAGCUUUUUGCUCCUUCUGAAGAAGAUGCCAGAUCUGGAGCAGCUGUAUGGUCUCCACCCACGAUACCUGGAAAGGAGACGAAUCCGUGGCUUUGAGGCGUUCAGUAUUCCAGGAGUCCUGGAGGCUCUGCAAGCCUGCCCAAAUCUGCUGGGCGUUGAGACUUCCCACCUGGAGCUGGUGGAAGCCAUUUGGAACUAUAUGCCCCAGGUUCACAUUCUCGGAAAGUUCCGCAACCGUAACGGAGCUUUUCCCAUUCCCGCUGAGAACAAACUCACCGUCCCCAUAAACGCCAAGAUCCAGACCCUCCAUCUGGUGGGCGUGAAUGUUCCCGAGAUCCCCUGCGUGUCCAUGCUACGGCACCUUUACCUGAAGUGGGUCCGCCUUACCAAACCACAGCCGUUUAAGGACUUUCUGUGUGUGAGCCUAAGGACCUUUGUUAUGCGCAACUGUGCAGGGCCGACCAACUCUCUCAAAUACGUUCCCCUGAUCACCGGCUUGGCUUCAGCCCGGAACCUCGAGCAGCUGGAGCUGGUGCGAGUUCCCUUCUUGGGAGGGCUGAUCCAGCACGUGGUGGAGGACAGCUGGAGAUCAGGAGGAUUUCGGAACCUCCACACGAUUGCGUUCGGAGCCUGUAAGAAUGCCCUGGAGGUGGACUUGGGCUACCUCAUCAUAACUGCAGCUCGCAGGCUUCACGAGCUGCGUAUCCAGCCCUCACUGACGAAAGAUGGAGUCUUCUCAGCUCUCAAGAUGGCUGAGCUGGAGUUUCCCCAGUUUGAGACUCUUCAUCUGGGUUAUGUGGAUGAGUUUCUGCUGCAGUGUAAAAUGAGCCAUUCGGAGCUGGUGAAAUAUGGGCUGGCGGAUGUUAUCGAGAACCCAGGAAUCAUCACUGAUAUUGGGAUCAAGGUGGUGAAUGAGGUGUUCACCAAUAUUAAAUACCUGCUAAUCUACAACUGUCCUCACCUCCACAACCCUCACCACUGGAUCACUGAUCAGUCCAGAUGGAGCCGUCUGGUUGAUCUCACUCUGGUUCGCUGUCACGCCAUCAAACUGGAGUCUUUUUCCCAGUUUGUAGAGCUGCUGCCCAGUCUGGAGUUUAUCUGUCUGGACCAAAUGUUUCGAGAACCACCCAAGGGCUGUGCCAGGGUGGGUCUGAGUGCAGGAACUGGGAUCGGUGUGUCCUCAGCACUGGUCAGCAACCAGAACUCGAACAACGACAAUGAAGACCACCAUCACCACACACCAGCAGAAGUAAAUGGAAUGGAGGAAGAAGAUGAAGAGGAUGAAGACGAGGAGAACAUGGACGUUGAGCCUCAGAUCGAGCUGAAAGAAGCCGAGGUUGAAGGAGGCGACGUGGCUCCGGGGCCCAGUCACCAGGCUACAGCAUCACAGCCACCUGACGAGGAACAAGCAGGUCCCAGUGGUUUAGUCCAGCAGUGCAGAUCAGCUUGUGCCAACGUGCCCAAACCUUCACAGGUCAUCUCGGACUCGGACAGCGAGGAAGAGGAAGGCCUUGUUUCCAGGUUAAUGCCACCUUCAUGUUUGGAGCAGCCGGCCUCGUGUACAAAAGGUAAAGGAAAGACGCCGCUGAGGAGGGGCAACAACGUGGCUAUAGUCGCUGAUCAGCCAAAGACUCACGCUGCAGAGAACAGCUGUGAGAAGAGCUGCCAGGUGACCAGUGAUUGGACUCUGUUAUUUUGUGUAGAUCUUUCCAGAGCCAGGCCUCGAAUGGCAGUGAGGAGGAAACGAAUGGCUGACAAAUCAACCAGCACUUCAGACCCAGUGACGGAGGACGACCACGUGCAGAUUGACUCAGUAGCAUUGGAGCGCCAGCUGUUCCAGGGGCCUUAUCCUUAUCACAUCGCUAUAGUGCACGAAUUCAGCAACCCGCCAAAUAUACGCAACAAAGUUCGCAUUCGCAGCUGGAUGGACACCAUAGCUAACAUCAGCCAAUGUCGCUUCUCAGGAUUGGUGGAUGGAGCGCCCUACAGCAUGAUAACAGACUUCCCUUGGCUCAGGACUCUGAGAGCAGCGGAUCCUAACGGCUAUUCCCGCUAUGACUUUGAAGACGAUGAAAGCACCACUAUCUACGCCCCGCGGCGCAAAGGACAGCUGUCAGCUGACAUCUGCAUGGAGACCAUCGGGGAAGAGAUCUCGGAGCGCCGGCAGAGCAAAAGAGGAGUGUUUCAGAGAGUAGUGGUCCUCUUCCUUCAUCACUGUGACACUCCAGGCGAACCCGUGGAUGACGACUACAUCUAGAAACCAAAGAGCGGGAACCAGAAGGACGUCGGCCUCGACGCUCGAGCUUCUGACUGACUUGGUUUUAUUAAAAAAUGAGGAAGUUGGUUACCUGUUAAAGCUGCAGGUCAGCACUGACAUGCACAUAAUAUUUAAUGACUCUUCAGUAGCAUUACGGAGGAAUAGCAGAGUCCAAGGCUGCUCACCAGGGGGCGCUAAUGAGCUGCACAGCGAAACGUGGACACUGUGGGGAGAGGGUGAUGAUGAUGUUUCACAGCGAAGGCCGACUGUUUUUCAAUUCUUUGAAAAAACACAAGAACAUACCUUUAAUCUUUAUUUGAUAAGAUCGAGAUCUGUGCUGCUCUUCUCUUUUUUAUCACACACAACUCUGAGCGUAUCGUAGCUCCUUCAUUCCCAGAGUAAAUAAAAAAGGGUCAAACAUAUAACGUUGUUGAUUUUGUUCCAAAUAAAGGCUCGAGUCCUCGCACGACUGCAGCCAGGAACCGUUCCUGUGUCGCUCUGAGUUUGUCCUGAGUUUGUUUCAUCAGAAAACAGAAUAAACAGAAUAAACAGAAUAAACA